GUUUCGUUACAUUAACACUAAUAGAUAAUAUUGUAUAUCGGAUAUUUUCAACAUGAACGGAAUAAUAAUUUCACUUCUAAUCAUUGGGAUAUCUAAAGGUGCAUAUUCAGCCAAUAUUGGCAGUUGCCAAGGUGAUGCUUACCGUGUGGAUAUUUCGUAUUGCAAAACAGAAUUUGUCAAACAAAUGAACGGAUCGUCAAAUGCUUUUGGUGAUUGCCCGAGCUUUUAUGCUGCCGCUCACGCUUGUUUCCACUCGACAUUGACAAAAUGCUUUCCAGACGGAACAGAAGAACAUAACGCGACUAUAGCGAUACUGAAGCGCGAUUUCGGAGACGAAAAUUUCUUUUGUGUAGAUGGAUUUCUACACAGUAUGAAAAAUGCUAUGCUGGGCAUGUAUCCCGAAAACUGUACCGAUACGAAUUUCAACAAUUACACAAAAUGUGAGAUCCAAUUUAGGACUACCUUUCGAGAAGAGUUUGAAUCAGGCAGCAAGGACCUGUACAAAGUUUCCACAAAAUUCUCCGAAGCAGACCUGUGUCAGCGAGAAACAGCAACAUCAUGUAGAGUACCGAUUUCUUACUAUGAGUUCUACGAAUAUGAUUUUAAUCCUUUUGAUCCAGAAGUUAUUCAAAGAAUUGCAGAUGCAGAGAACAAGAUUAUCCAAGGGGAAGAUUUUCGUCAAAAUGAUACCACGUUAAUAACGGUUGUCGUGGUAGCGCUCAUUCUGCUCCUUAUUCUCUGUGUCAUCUUCUUCUUUUUGUGGCGACGUGAUAAAAGCAGGGCAGAAAUCAGACGCAGAAAAUCAAUGGAAAGAAGGAAGAAGCCAGGAAACGCUGAACCUCCUGCUGGUGAUAACGAAAUGGAGCCUUUACAUUCUGGAUCAGCUGUUCAAACAACUUCAGACCAAGUUUCUUCCGCCUAACUUGUACUAUGCAAAUUGCUCUGAACAAUCUAUAUAUAUACUAAAAUAUAUUGUGACUGUUUUAAACAGCAACGAAAAUAUUUGAGAUCAAGUUAUGAUAACUGGACAUGGAGCGCACCUGUGGAUUUUUAUGCUAAAUUGUUGUUUUGUUGCUGUGCUGGUAAAAAAUCGCCUUCCUCCUAAAGUAAUCGAUUUUAAAUUUCAGUACUUAAAAAUAGAAGAAGUCUUUGGAAGGAUAUUACUUUGAUUUUCUCUGCAUCCUUUGGGCCGAUAUUAAACCAAAAUUUUAUUUUCAUAUAGGCACACAUUCACAUGACAUUCGGUACAAUCAUUUUAACAUUAUUAAGUCAAAAUAUUGGCAUUUGUGUCAAUAUGUAAACGAUAUGUAAAUGUAAACGCUUUAACAACUAAACUUAUAUAAAUUUGCCAGUGACUUAGAAAUUGUUUGAAAAAGAUUUUUUUUAUAAACAAAAUGUUGUUUUAUUAUUGGCACUAGAUUAUGAAACGAUAUAUAUUGAGUGACCCCCAAAUUCACCCAUCAUAAUUUCUUCAAUCAGUUAUAAAUUUCCACGUUUUUGUGAUUUUCUGUAUAUUUUUAUUUUAUUCAUAUUGUUCAAUAUUGCUAAAACCCACUUUUUUAAAAUCUGUUAAGUGCUAAGGUAAAAAAGAUAGGAACACGAGUCUACCACUAAUAAGGUAAAAACCUGCGU